AUGGGAAGACAAAAGGAAAAGUUUUGGCGACAUGCUGAGCAACUUGAUAGUUCACAUUUCAAAUGCAAAUUUUGUGAAAAACAAGUUUUUGGAGGGGUCACUCGACUCAAGUAUCAUUUAGCUAAGGUUAGUGGUCAUGAUGUUGCCUCUUGUGAAAAAGUAUCAGAUGAUGUCCAAGCAGAAGCUCUUCUUGCUAUUAAUUCUGAAUCAAGUAGUAAAAAGCGGAAGAGUUAUACCAGUGGUGAGAGUAUAGUUGGUUCUUCUCCUUUGACUCCUUUAACUAUAACUAGUCAAAGGCAGUCCACAAUGGAGGAAAUGAUCCCUAAGAUGGACAAAUCAACUUGGGAGAAAUCUCUUCGUGAUUUUUUUUUUAUUAAAAAUAACAUUUCUUUCAAUGUUGUUCAAUCAGAUGCUUUCAUCAAUUUUGUGAAGUGCACAGCUCAUUAUGGUCCUAGUGUUCCUAUUCCAAGUUAUGGAACCCUUCGUGGAAGAAUAAUUCCUGAAGCAAGAAAGGACCUUGAAAAAUAUGCUGAAAAAGUAAAAUUUUCUUGGAAGCAAAUUGGUUGCAUAUUCAUGUCUGAUUCAUGGACUGACUUGAAGAAGCGGUCUUUUCUUAAUGUUAUUGCUUAUUCCCCAGGUGGUGCUCUCUUUUUGAAGUCAGAGGAGUGUUCUCAUGCUAGAUUGACUGCUUCUUAUAUAUUUGAUAUUCUUGACAGAGAGAUUCAAAGUAUUGGCCCAUAUUUAGUGGUUCAGCUAAUUUCAGACAAUGCAUCCAAUUAUUCAAGUGCACUUGAUAUGCUUAUUGAAAAGUAUCGUUGGUUGUUUAAGACUCGAUGUGCAGCCCAUGGUAUCAAUCUAAUGUUGAAGGAUAUCUAUGAAAAGGUUUUUUGGGUUCAAGAGAUUUUUUAUGAGGCGAAAAGAAUUAUUGACUACUUGUACAAGUCAAUAAUUGUCUUAUGGUUGAUGAGGAGUUUCACAAACAAGGAUCUAAAAUAUCCUUGCAAAACUAGAUUUGCUUCAAACUUUUUAAUGCUUCAGUCAAUUGUUGAAGUGGAAGAGAAGCUUAGACUCCUAGUUGCAUCAGUUAAGUGGAGGAGUCUAAGAAAUUUGAGAUCUUUUGAAGGAGAUCGAGUAGUGAACACGAUUCAAAGGGAGUCAUUUUGGAAUGAUUCAAAAGAGAUUUUGAGAUUUAUGGAACCAAUCAUUCGAGUUCUCCGUUUGGUUGAUAGUGAUGGGGCUACAUCAGGAUAUUUGUAUGAAGCAAUAGAAAGAGCAAGAGAGGUAUUGGAGAAGCUUUAUGAGGAAGACCACCGUGAAAGAUUCAAAAAGAUUCCUCAAAUGAAAGAUGCAACAGAUUUCAUUGGUGAGAUAGUGGUUCCACAAGAUGAGAGGAGAGAAUAUUAUGGACAGCUGGCAGUAUACCACAUGAAGUUUAGCACUCUUUUUACUCCCAGUGCCAAAAUGAUGAUGGAACUAGUCAUCCUCAGCAUUGAGGACGUUGAUAAAGAGCUAGAGAGAUUGUUGGAUGAUGUGGAUGAUAGCAUUGCUGAAGACUUGCUAUUUGGUGCAAGUACUACUUUUACUGAGAACGAGACUCAACCCCCAUAUAGUGUAUAA